GAUAAUAAUAAUAAUAAUAAAUCAAGCCACCUUGCGGAUAAAAUAAAAUCCAUGAGAGAGAGAAAUUAAAAAAUGGCAGCAUUCUUGAUUAGAGCAUGUUUUAAACAGAGAAGUACAAAGACAUGGCUUGAUAUUAUUAAAACUGAAAGUUAUGCAAUCAAAAAUAAAAAUGUCAGUCCAAAAGUAUGCAUUGGAUGUCAUUGCUAUCACACAACUCCAAUUUAUUUUAAACGAAGAAAAACAAAAGAAGAAAAGUUAAAAAAAAUAGUUGAACCUGUUAUUGUUAAAAAAAAAAAUCAAUUGCCAGUUGUGGGUAUAUGGAAAAAUAUGACUGUCAGAGAAUUAUCUGAAUCACUUGAUAGACCAAUAAAUGAUGUUCUUCAAGCAAUAUCAUAUUCAGAUUCAUAUAAUAAAUAUGAUAAAAAUACAAUAAUUGAAAAUAAAAAUAUUAUAUUUGAUGCUGUUAAAAGACUUGGAGCUAAAUAUAAAUUAGUAUCAAAACCAGAUGAAAAUAAAAAUAAUAAUAAUUUAUCAUCAUCAAUAAAUUUAUCUGCAUUACAUGAUGCUGUUAAACGACCAUUACCAAAUAAUAAUGAUGAUUCAAUAAUUUUAAUAAAAAGACAUCCAGUUGUAACAGUUAUGGGUCAUGUUGAUCAUGGAAAAACAACACUUCUUGAUACAUUGAGACAUACAUCUGUUGUUGCUAGUGAAUUUGGUGGUAUAACACAACACAUUGGUGCAUUUAAUGUAUCUAUGGAAAGUGGUGAAAAAAUAACAUUUCUUGAUACACCUGGACAUGCAGCAUUUAGUUCAAUGCGUGCACGUGGUGCAAAUUCAACUGAUAUUGUUAUUCUUGUUGUUGCUGCUGAUGAUGGUGUUAUGGAACAAACAGUACAAAGUAUUAAAAUGGCCAAAGAAGCUAAUGUUCCAAUAAUUGUUGCUGUUAAUAAAAUUGAUAAACAUGAAGCUAAUAUUGCAAGAACACAUCAAAUGCUUGCUGAACAAGGUAUUCAUGUAGAAGCUCUUGGAGGUGAAGUACCAAGUGUUAAUAUAUCAGCAUUAAAAGGAACAAAUUUAAAAGAAUUAAUUGAAACAAUUGCUGCACAAGCUGAAAUAAUGGAUUUAAAAGGUGAUCCAAAGGGUUUUGUUGAGGGUAUUAUACUUGAAGUUGCAACUGAUAUUGGACGUGGUAAAUUGGCAACUGCAUUGAUUCAACGUGGUACCUUGAGAAAAGGAUCUAUUCUUGUUAGUGGAAUUGCAUGGGCCAAAGUAAGAGCCAUGUUUGAUCAUGCUGGUAAUCCAGUUAGUGAAGCUAGUCUUGCUGAUGCUGUACAAAUUAUUGGAUGGCGUGAAUUACCUAUGGCUGGUGAUGAAAUUAUUGAAGUUGAAGAUGAACGUCGUGCUCAUAUUGUUAUGCAUUAUAGACAAAGUGUACGAGCAAAAUCUAAAGAAUCUGAAAUUGCUGAAUAUGUUAAAAAACAACAAGAAGAACACGAUAUAGAGUAUCAUAAACAACUUAAUGAAAAAAGAGCUCUUGGUAGAAGAAGAUCACUACCAAAAGGACCAAGAAAAAAAGAAAUAAUUGAGGAUGAAAAUGCUGUACCAAGACUUAAUGUUAUUAUUAAAGGAGAUGUAUUGGGAUCAGUUGAAGCAAUUCUUGAUGUUUUUGAUACAUAUGGUGAUGAAAAUAGAUGUCGUUUAGAUGUUGUACAUUAUGGUAUUGGUGUUGUUUCAGAAAGUGAUAUUGAAUUGGCUGAUGCAUUUAAUGCAAUAAUUUAUACUUUUAAUACAUCAACACCAAGAAAAGUUGCUGAUAUGGCAGAUAAAAUUGGAGUUGUUAUUUCAUCACAGAGAGUCAUUUAUAAAUUGAUUGAUGAUGUUAAAGAACAAAUUUGUAAAAAACUUUCACCAGAAAAAGUAGAAGAAAUCAUUGGAAAAGCAAAUGUUCUUCAACACUUUGAAAUAACAGAUAGAAAAAAAAAAGUCAAUGUUGCUGGUUGUCGUUGUAUCAUGGGAGUUUUGAAGAAAACAGCUCUAUUUCGUUUAAUACGACAAGAAGAAAUUAUCUACGAAGGUAAAUUGUCAUCAAUGAAACAUCUCAAGGAUGAUGUGAUGACAAUAAAAACUGGAAUAGAUUGUGGCUUACAAUUUGAAGAUCCAAGUGUUUUUGUUGAACCUGGUGAUACACUUGUAUGUUAUACAAUUCAUGAUGUACCACCAACUGUUAAAUGGGAUCCAGGAUUUUAGAAAAAUUUUAUUUUUUAAUCUAAAAAUUAUAAUAAUAAUAAUAAAAUAAUAAUAACAAUAAAA